UAAACGAGGGCAUCAGUUGUAGGCAGGCCAGGAGCAUGUCAAAAGCCAACAGCUGGCGCAAGUGGACAGUGCCCCGUGGACCAAUUUGCUCAAGAAAUUAACACAAAUAUCGUGAACGUUUGUUCCUGCUUUUCUUUUCUUCCCCUCCAGUCCUUGAUUGCUCCUUGACUCCCCAAACCUUUCACAGGCCCAACAAAAAUUAAAUUUUAUACAGCCACAUACCCAAGAUAGAAACCGUGGCUUCCGUGUGAAAUCCUACUCGCACAAAAUCAGAAACAGCUCUCUCUCUCUCUCUCUCUCUCCUUUUAUAGUGAGCCCAAAUAAAGCAAGAACCCGUCAAAGGCACCAGAAAAGAUUGAGAGAAUUAGAGACCCCGGAAGAUGAGAAUCAACAACUAGCAGCAGCCGAAAAUCAAGCUCAUCUGAAAAAGAAAAAUCUGACCCUUCUUCUUGGUAGAUAUUAUUAUAUCUUUCGUUGAGCCUUUCUUGAUUUGUUUGCCGUGUUUUUCACCAGGGUCGGCCUUGCCAGCCAUCACCACAAAAAAUCCCUGGUUCUUGAGCCUCCACUUCUCUCCCUGUCUUGUAAACAAGAUCCUUGAGCAAGGAAUAGGAAACCAGACCAACCAUCACUUUCAUAUCAGUUUCUCUUCCUUGUUCAGGAUCGUUGAGAAAAAGAACCUGAUCAUCAACAAAAGGGGUAAAACCUUGGUAAAAAAACACGAAAGGAAAGGGGUUGGUUUUCCGUUUUCCAAGGUUCAGAUUGUUCUGUUCUUUCAGGCAGGAAAAACAGCAGUUAGUCAAACUUUUCCUUCCUGAUAUUCCAGCAUCAUAAGCAUUCCCAUUGUUGCCAAAAGGAAAACAAAACCGUCACCGAAACUGACCACAGCAAAAUCGAAACAGCAUCAAAACAUUUCCAGCUUUUUCUUUUAUUAAACAAUGUCUCGCCAGAUAAUCCUUAGGGCCCCAACCUCCGUCCACCGGCGGCAGCCGCUGUUGCAAAGCCGUUCCUCCUCCUCGUCCUGUUCCUCAAGCGUCGAUGAUGGCGGUAGCAGCACAAGGAGAACUUCUCAGAAAAGUGCCAAGUUCGGGGAGUUUUGUGGGGAAACAACAGCUGAGUGUGCGGCUAUUUGUUGCUGUUGCCCUUGUGGGAUAGCGAACCUUUUGGUUUUAGCAAUUUACAAGGUUCCUGCAGGGCUAUGUCGCCGUGCUCUCCGCCAGAAACGGAGGCGGAAGUUGCUGAAAAAGGGGUUGCUUCAGCCGAGGACCCACCGGGGUCAUUGUGGGUGCGAUGAUAGUGAGUUGCAUGUUCACCCUGUAGUUUGUCUUGAGGAUUUUUUCCCAGAUGUGGAGGUUUCUGAAGAGGCUGAGAAAGCUGUGGUGGAACUGGAAAAAGAGAUGUGGCAAAGAUUUUAUGGUACUGGGUUUUGGAGAAGUCCUUCUCAGAGAGAAGGAGAGUCACCCAGAAUUAAACAGCUGUAAAAGAAAAUUCUAUCUUUGCUGCUUGUUACUUGUUAUUGUAAAUCUGGGUGAAUAUAUGAUUCUUAUCCAAAAUGCUGUACUCCAUUUUUUGUCAUAAAUGGGGAAUGAUGUGGUGGUGGGAUUUUCUAUUGCUGGUCAUCAAUGAAACUAAAAUGCAAGAAUUUGAUGUCAUGAACAUGGAGAUCUUUCUAAUUAAAUGGUGUUCUAUAUAAUCAAGCUGAUGUAGAAUGGAGAAAAUCUGGAAAUGCAUGUAAAUGAGAUUGGGAUUGUUGACUAAUGCUGCUUGUUUUCGUUUUCUUGGAGAAAUCAACACAUUUUAUGGGCUUUAUGGAUAAUACAAUCAAUAUAUUAAGAUUGACUUGAAGGUGCUUUUUUUGAUAUUAUUUUCAAAA